AUGAAUGAAAGAUGCUACACUACAUUUAGAGAAGCUGCAGAAAAAAGAAGCUUAUUACGUUCUGAUAACAACUUAAUUGAUUGUAUGUCUGAAGCAGUCAGCUAUCAAAUGCCUUAUAGUUUAAGAAGACUAUUUGCAACAUUAUUAGUUUAUUGUAACCCUGGAGCUUUUUUCAUUGAUGGUCCUGGGGGAACUGGAAAAACAUUUUUAUAUCGAGCUUUGUUGGCUGCUGUAAGAACAAAAGGAUUCAUAGCUUUGGCAACUGCAAGUUCUGGUGUGGCAGCUUCAAUACUUCCGGGAGGACGAACAGCUCAUUCACGUUUCAAAAUUCCUGUUGACAUCGAUCACAAUUUCACUUGCAAUAUUAGUAAACAAAGUUCGUUAGCGAUUCUAAUUCGAGAUUCAAAACUAAUUGUUUGGGAUGAAGUCUCAAUGGCAAAAAAAACAUGA